UUGGCAGUCAAUCUUCCCCAGUGCCAUAGCCGUCCUUACCUCUCAAACUAUAAGAUCAGCUCAAAAAUGAUCCGAUUGUUAUGUCUUGCCGCGUGAUUUAUGGCAAUUUAGGUCGCCUUUGAAACAAUAGAUCGGGAUUGGUGAAUUCGUGUUUGAAGUGGCGCAAAAAUGAAUGGAAAUUUCGCGCCAACUGCCGCCAACUUGAGAGCUCGAUUUCCAAUUGUUUUUUGGAUUUUGUUGUUAUUGGUCAUCGGCAGUAUUAUUUAUUUCAUCUACUUCAUACAACAAUCCGGCGACUUCAGCAAUCAACAGCAGAUAGAGUUAAAAUCUACGCCAACUUUAGACGAAAGGAUCAACAUUUUAGUCGAAGAAAAACAGAUUCUAGAAGUGAAAGUAAAAGCGUGCGAAGAAGAGAAGAAAAAAUUUAGUUUGACGUUAGGCGAGAAAAUAAAAUUGCUCAAGGACGUCGUAGAAAACAGUGAAGAACAAUUAAUCCAACGUCUUGAAAAAGACGUUCAAACCCUCCAAGCGAACGCAACUAUCCAUCAAGAGUUUUUCAAUUACUUUUCAAAUGUUUCACGUCAAUUGGCCUAUCCCGGAGUGGAGUUCUACACGCGUUACAACGUGGCUCGUUUGGGAUUGCGGCCUUUAGCUGGAAUCGAACCGCUCAAACCGGAAUUCGGUCCAGUCAUCAACGACGUGCUCUCGUACCAAUAUUCCCUCACCGUGCCUCCUUGCCGGGAUGUGGCCGGUGUCAAUCGCACUGUGUUCGUAGCCAUCAUUUCAGCUACGGACAAUUUCGAGAAACGAAAUACAACGAGGCCGUUGUGGCCAACACUUUUGAAAGCCCAACAGGACAAAGGUGUGAUGGGCAUCGCCGGAUUCGCGUUCAUUUUGGGCAAACCGGAUCAAAUAGAAACACAAAAACGGAUCGAAGAGGAGAGUCAAAUGUACGGCGAUAUCAUUCAAAUCGAAAUGGUUGACACGUACAGAAAUUUGACCCUCAAACUGGUCGGACUUUUCAAUUGGUUGCACACCCGAAAUUGUUCCAAAGUGGAUUUUGUCGUCAAGGCGGACGACGAUGUCUUCGUCAAUGUUCGAAAUUUAGCUCACUUUGUCCAAUCUCAGCCUCGUCACGACACCAAUCUGACCAUCUUUGGAACUUCAGCUGGAAAUCUGUGGCCGGCGCGAGAUGGCAAAUGGGAAUUGACUUACGAGGAGUGGCCAUGGCAUAGUUUUCCACGUUAUUUCAACGGACCGGCCGUAUUAUUCCCUGGCAACACGAUCGUUCCCAUGUUGGCCUCCUUCCAAACGACGCCCAUGCUGCACAUCGACGACCUCUAUUUCAGUGGCAUUUGCGUCGAAAGGGCUGGAAUCAAAAACAGCUACUCUACCAACUCAACCAAUGUUUUCGAAUAUGCGCCUCCUGAGUCCCUGGAUGCGUGCGAUUUGCGACGGUUCAUUUCGUGGCGGACUUGGUCCAGCAGCAAUAAGAACAACUCGUACGUGGCAACCGAAGACUUUUACAACAACAGAACCCAAUGCAUCGUUAUUGGGGCCAAUAACGAAACCAUUUUGACAAUCGAUUACACUGAACCCGUUCAUUUUUAUUUCCUCAGUGAAUAAGAAUACAAAGUUAAGAUUU